CCUGGAGAGAACAGCGGACGGAAGCGAACACGAGCGUUUGUGUUAUUCUUCGCCCUAACGUCGGUGGUGUUAGGCGCUGGUUCUCCUGUUCUCUCUUCGUGGUUGGCAGAAGAGAGGAGAUAUUCGCAGUGACAUCACUCUUAAUUACCUCUCAUCAACGAGAUGUUGAGGUUAAUGACCCCCCGCGCUGUCCUGCUCGGCCUCGCGUUCCUCCUGGUGGGCGUGAGUGCGCUUUUGGACGAGGGCGCGGGCGUGUGGGCGGGGAAAAGCGGCGUCGGAGAAGGGGCGUUGAAAAAGGGGCGGGCCAGGAGGAUGGAACCCAAGUUUGUGACACCUCAUAAGCCUGAGAAUCGCCGCCGACAUGACUGGAACAUGUUUGACGAGGAAGGGGAAUCCCCGACGCGUAGAAAACGGGCACCGAAGAAAACGCGAAGAAUGGCUGCCGAGGAAAAAUACAAAUACGAAAUUGAAAAACGAAAGAGGAUGGAAAGGCGCACGAGGGAGGCGAGGAUAGCAGAAAAUGAAGGAGAAUGGAGGGGUGAAGGAGAGAGAAGGAGAAUGAGGAAAGUGAGAAGCGCAGAAAAUGAAGGAGGAUGGAGGAAUGAAGGACAACGAAAGAAAAUGAGGAGAGUGAGACGAGCAGAAAAUGAAGGCGAAUGGAAGGGUGAAGGAAAGAGAAGGAGAAUAAGGAAACUGAAAAAAGCAGGAAAUGAGGGAGAAUCGAGGAAUGGAGGAGACAGAAGGAGACGUAAGGAAGAGAAAAAGGCAGAAAAAGGAGGAGAAGGAGGAGGAAGAGGACAAGGAAGAAAGGAAAACGGAAACACGAUUGUAAAUAAUGGAAAAGGAGAAAAGUUUGGCAGAAAGAGGGGAGAAAAAAUGAAGAAGAAAACAGAAGAAGCAAAUAAAGAGAGAAGGAAAGAGGUCAAAAAGAUGACAAAAAAGUUAGACGACACCACGCGAAGGAAAGUCGCGACGAAGGACAAAGAUAAGAAGAAUAAAAAUAAAAAAAAGAAAGAGAAAGGAAGUGGAGAGGAAACGUAUGUCCUGGGAGAAGUUACGACCAAGUUUAACUCUGACUCAAAGGGAAAGUGCAUAGCGACGGACGCCGUUCUGGGAACAGAUUCGGUGGUGGUGUACACGACCAACCAGAAGAAGAAGAGCAAGUGUAAGAUCAAGAUUAGGGGCAAGAAGGGCACAAAACUGACGAUGCAAUGCAGUCGCUUUUCGCUCGAGGACAGUGGUUGCAACGCGGAGACGUUGCAAGUGUUCGACAAGGGAAGCAAAGAAACAACCAAAUUCUGCCAAGACGACAACCCGGGCGACGCGUUUUCCUUGUCAACCAACAACCAAAUUCAACUGAAAUACAAGAAGAAAAAGUUUAGAAAAAAGGACAGCGAAGUCAGUCUGGGUUUCGUGUGUAAGGUGGCUGUCGAGGGUUCGACCCAAGCUGACCUCCUUCUGGGAAACGAGGAGGACUGUGGGAAAACCUUUGACCUGGAGAUCGGUCAGUCGGCGGUGGUAGCGUCCACGGCCUCGGGAGGGAGCUGCUCCAUCAGCCUUAAUGGGAAGUCGGGAUCUGUCCUCAGUAUAGAAUGUCCUUACCUGAAUUUCAAAAGGAAAUGCAGAGCUGAGGAUCUUUACGUCGAAGAUCUGAACGGUUUUGAGAGUUUUCGACUGUGCAAAGGCUCCACUGAUCUGCCGUUUAGCGUGACGACGUCUAGGAUGAGGCUAACGUACACGAGAGACAAGGCUACGCAGUGGGGAGACUUCGUGUGCCGGAUUACCGCUGUUGUUCAGUUCGGACAUCGACGAGCCAUUGUUUCGUCAGUCAUUCUCGAAACAAAGAAGACAAAGAUAACAAUAUGUACGAUCUCCUAAUGUCUAUCGGACAACGAGCCUAACUCUUUUUCUGGACGUGUUUUGCAUAUCGGAAAGAAAAUAAAUGUCAAAAAGGUUUAUUUACAGGUGUGAAGGGUGACGGCAAUGGCAAUUAAUUCGUCAGCCUGAUUUAUUGGUCACAUUGAUAUUACAGCCGGUAAUAAAAGUGAAAUAAAGGAAGUGUAAAAAGUA